CCCGAGUCAUUAAAAACUAUUAUAUAAUUUUUAUUUUAAGUAUUAAAAUUCUCACUUCUAAAUGAGUACAGAAUAGUUUUCUUCUAUUAAUUAAUAGGAGGUCUAGAAUACUCUGUGUACGUGUAUGUAUAUGUUGUACAUAUGUAUGCGUAUGCGUGUACGUAUGUAUAAAAUUACUGAUUAACGGCAUCAAAGAUUCUAUUUAUUAGUAGAAUAAAUCGAUAUUUUAAGAAGUUUCUUUUUAUCUAUUAUCGCAGAAUUUGAAAUCGGCUUUAUACGGCCUGAGGUAACGUCAGUUUUAACCGAUUUAUUAACCGAUUUAUUCUGUCGUCCGUCCAAUUGUACGAAUGUUAGCGCCUACUUUAUGUGACUUUGCUCACAGCAGUAAAGUUUAAAUGUCCAUAUUGCUCAUUAGUUAAAUAAAACGCGAAACGUUCACUGUGCGAUAACAUUAAUAAGCUCCUAGACGUAAGAAUAUUUAAGAUGAAAACUAUGUGUGUAUGUAUAUGUCAAGCACUUUGAACGGUUGGGCAACUUGGAGUUUUAAAGCGAUUCUCAAAACGCAUCCAGCGAUAUGUCUUCUUGUUAAAUUUGUUUUUAAAUUUUCAUCUUGUAAUCAAUCUUGAUAUAUGUAUAUAUAUAUAUAUAUUUGUUUUUUCGGGAGUAUAUUUGUACGUUCAAGUUUUGUGUUAAUAUUUAUAAAUUUCUAAUUCUGUUAAAGUAAAAUCACAUGAUUUCACAAUUUUCUCUUUUCACUUUAAACGUUUUGAGAUAAACUUAUUAAACGUAUUUGGGAAAAAAAUCUCUGCAUCUUCAUAAUGAGCUACGUAAAUCAAACUGAUUUUGACGUAAUGCGUGGAGUUGACAAUUUAUAUUAUACUAAACAAAUGUGAUGUCUUUAAUUAUAUAAAUUAAUUAACAUUACAUUUCGUACAAGAUUCUUAUUAUCAUACAUAAAAAUUUUGUAUUUCUGUCUUGUUUGUACACUUCUGUGCAUUGUAUAUGUUAUUGAAUUAUAUUGAUGUAGUAGAGUCUCGUUAAUUUUGGCCAUCCGAGGGAUACGAGGAGAAUUCUUGGGAAACAAAAAUUAACGAUAAUUAACGGAGAGCUAUAUUAAAUUAAAUUAAUACAUAUCUCUCCCCUCUCCACAGUGCGAGCUGCUCAAUCGCCGUAUGCUUGCGCGAAUGCAGUUACACAUACGAAGACAUGAUCUACUCGUUGCUCGUUGUAACAUAAAGAAGGCGCAAUAUUAGUGUUUGUUAAAGUAUGUAUUGAAAUAUAUCGAAGUUAAGGGCCAAAAUUAAGGAGUCUACUGUACUAACGUUGAUGUCUGUUAUGUGUCUAGUUAAGGCUUAAAGUCAUUGUAAAUUUUUGCGAUUAAGACGCGGCUAAAUUUCCUGAACAUGCUGCGUGAGCCAUAUUUAAUAUGAUAGAAAAAAUAAACAGAAAAUUUUCUGUAUAAAUUUAUGAAAUUCAUGAUUUGUAAAUGUCAGUGAAAUCAUUUUUUAUUGUUAAUAGAAAAUUUUUUCAUGAAUUAUUGAUUGUGUCAUUUUCAUUUAUUACUGUUAUAUAUUGGGUCAGUCAAUAAUUAGCUUCUGUAUUUUGGCUUUUAUUAGCAGGAAAAAGAGAAAAAUGAAUAAGAUGAGGGAAAAAAGAGGGAGAGAAAGAGAAAGGAUGGGAGGGGAAAAAAAUGAAAAGAAAGAAUGAAGGAAGGGAGAGUAGAGGGAGAGAUCGCGCAUAAUGACGCAUCGUUACGAAUUUAGAAGUUUGCGCGCGCGUGUGUGUGUAUAUGUGUGUGUUCGACCUAAGUAUUUCGCUAUCCCAGUAUCGUAAACGUAGCGCCUUAAAACGAUUAGAUGAUUCUUUCGACGUAAUACGAUUAUAAUCAGAAAAUUAAGAUGUAAUAAUAAAGGAAAUGCUGGAUGUUUCCGCAUAAGUUUCGCGUAUAAUAUAGAUAUAAUAUGGAAUAAUCAAUGUUUACAUAGGCUGUCAUAGUUAUAGUUAGCGCACACGCGUGUAUGAGUUAUUAUUAUAUAUCAUAAACGAAACAUUAUUGUUAUUUCUUUUUGAGUCGCUUAGAAAGAGAGAAGGAGAUAAUCCGUUUUAUUGUCGUCAUAUGCUUAAAUAUAUAAGCGACAUCACCAUAAUCGAUGCGAGUUAAGAUAAAGGAGAAAGUCGCCGUAAAGGAUGCCGACUUUUAAUAUUGUAUGUGAAUUUCUUCUCGUAAGAGCCAAUCUCUUUUGUAGACGUUAAGAAUGAAGUCGAAGUGUAUCUAUAAUAAUCGUAGUUAACGAAACGAGUAAUUUUAUCGCGAAUAUAUAUGCAUGUGUGUACGCGUGCGAAAUUAAUUUACACACGUUGAAAUUUUUUCCGAGAUCUCAAAUAAGAAUUGAGAUCUACCAAAAGUGAGAUAUGCGAACACUUCGUUGAGAAUUGAAGAAUUUUGUGCAAGAAUGAUAAUAAUUCCAUAAUUCGUAAAAUCUAUCUUAGAUGCGAUUUAUAGAUGAAUGGAUAAAUUAACGAUCAUCACACUUAUCUUUUCGCACUGCAUAUAAUUGUUAGAUAUAUUGUUUUAGCAGACUUUUUGUGUGUUGGUGAUGCUGCGUGCCGGGAAGAGAAGGGAAGGAGAGCUGAGGAGAGCGCUGUUCGAAAAGAAAUCUUAUUAUUUCUUUUUUUUUUCACUUUCCUUUUUUUUGUCGGUUAUAUAACACAUAACGAAUGUUUUAAGAAAUUACUCGGCUCUUUUGUUUGCGUGUAUUCGGCAGCUUGAAGGAAGAAGCGUCGGCUGCGUGCACACCCUUUUGUAUUAUUAACGAGAGCAGUGGUUGUACUCGAGUGUGAUUGUAAUAAGAUUCGGAUUUGUAUAAAUAUCAAUGAUUUAUUGAUUGUCUCGAACCCGCCAUUGUUUGAUUUAAUAACCUGGUUAUUCAUUAUUAAUUAUGUAAACAUUAUUUUUUUCGCCUAUUAUUAUAUAUUAAAUGCACUAUUUUAUAUACUUUCUUUAUCUAUCAUUAUGUAAUAAAUUAGUGACAUGUACAAUACAUUGCCUGACAGUCCGAAUAGGACUCUCAGGGAAGUAUGAUAUUACUAUUCGCCUGUGUUUGCAUUACUUGAUAUGCAAAGACAUCAGAAACAAAACACGCAGUGUCUAGACGAGAAAAGAGAAGUUCUGUUUCAAUUUAUUUAAUAGCGUUCUCGAAUGAAGCAGGUUUAAUCGCUCUCAGAGCGAUUAAACCCAAUUUGUCAUGAACAUAUCCGACCAAAAAUAGAUUUUGAAUCUGAUUAAUAUAAAUAAUACAUUAAUAAUAUAUAUAAUAUAAAGUACAUUCCAUUUGACACUAUUUUGGCUUUAAAGCACAAGAUUCCUUGCUCUGAUUAAUUAAUCGAACGCUUACUCGAAAUAUUUCAUUCCAUAUUUAAUCUAAUAAUCCUAGUACCACAAGACGGAGUUUAUAACGUCAUUAAUCGCUAUCAGAGCAAUCAAACUUGCUUCACUCAAAAACACUAUAAACUGCCAGUUUUUUAUACAUACAUGUGUAUAUCAUUAUGUAUCUCCGAAAAAAAAAUAACGCGUUAAUUCCGAGAUUUUCACUUUGAAUACUUUGUAUUUCUUUCAGAGACUACUAUUUCAUUGAAGAAAAAUGAUCGUCUUGACUCCAUCUAUCGCUCUUUUCAGUUUGUAAAAGAGUUAUGCAGAAACACUUAUUGUAUACAUAUAGCAUAUAUAUGUAUAUAUUUGGUAACAAGUGCUUGUUCGAUAAUAUGCUGUAAUGUAUGAGCAUAGAUUUAUGAUAUUAAUUAAUUAAAUUUAUUUAGUUAUAUCAUUUUAUUGUAUAAUAUAUUUUCGAAUUAUUCGGGCCCAUUAAAAAUUGCUUGCACUUUUUCCGGUUAAUAAAGCAAAAUAUCGGAAAUAAUUUGCGAAAUAUAUGAAUUGAAGAAAAAUAAAAGCUUUCACAUUUACGGUGGCAUGAACGGUAGUAUUGAUAUACGAUUAUCUUAAUUAGAGUUUUAAUCGUAAAAUAGCGAUUAAAUAGGUAACGAUAUAAAUCGCGUUUUAAAUCGUAAAAAAUUCUGAAAUAAUUAAUUUCUUAAGACCAUUCAAUCUCUGAAUAAAAAUAUCAAAUUAAUGAGACUUGUUUUUGCCUCAAAAAGAAAAGUUGCCUGCUAUAUUUCGUGUACUUUCUUCAAUAUUGCCUCCUUUGUAUUUUUUAUUAAUAUUAUUUUACUCAACAUAUGUCAUAAAAUCUUAAUGCGAAAUUACACCAUGUCUUUGUGAAUCAGCCUGUAUUUAUAACAGUACGCUUGUGUAUGUGCGUGCGUGCGUGCGUGCGUGCGUAUACGAUCACGACUGACCACGACCCACGCUCCAAACCCAACUCGAUGUUUUCUCAACGACUCGGGACAGUCUUUCGUGAAGAAUCGUGAGAGGAUGUGGCUGGUUGUUUCGCUCCUCGUACUCUUCGCAGUGUGCACGUGUCGCGCUGAUGAUGAGAUCGAGAUCAACGAAAUCGACGACCGCGUUUCGGCUGCUCCACGCGAAGCGCAACACGUGCGCGACGCUACGCUCGGAGAGAUCUAUGAGAACGCGGUCCAGGCCUAUCUCGAGGAAAACUGGGACGGUUGCGUUGCGGGAUUUAACGAUGCUUUGCAUGGAUAUAAAAUGUACAAACGUAUGGUGACGAUUUGCCGUCGCAAAUGUAAAGCCGAGGCGGCUGGCUUCUCACCAAUCCUCGCGAAGGACAUUGAAGAUUUGCACUUUUAUGAGAGAAAAGUGAGAGAGACGCUUUGUUUAAUGAAAUGCAACCAGGAUUACCGUGAGAUCGCAGGUGCGGGGGCGCUUAAACGUCUCCCACGCGUUACGGAAGAAAAACUUGUCAAUUUUACCAUCUAUGAGUAUCUUCAUAUCUGCUAUUUUCAAAAAGGAAGAUAUCAAGAUGCAGCGAAUGCAGCCUAUACCUUUCUCUCCCUACAUCCUAAUCAUGAAAUGGCUAUAAAGAAUCUUAAAUACUAUCUGAAUCUACCUGGCGUGAUCGUGAAAGAAGUUGUGAAUUUAGAGGCGGCUCCCUUUAUGCAAAUGUACGUUCGAGGAGUUCAGGCGUAUGAAGCUGAGGAUUAUGUGAAGGCUAUCGCCGAGUUUGAGACUUCCCUCGAAUCUUACAUGGAAUUUGAGGAGAAUUGCAGGAGCUAUUGCGAAGGGCCCUUCGAUCAAGGAUGGUAUCCUGAAUUUACCUCUUCGGUAGCAAAUCAUUUUGUAUUUUGUCUGAAGUGUAAACGUGGAUGCUCACUUGCAUUGAACAACGUGAAUGGCAACUUUCGGGCUGAUCUACUUAGAAGCCAUUAUAAUUAUUUGCAGUUCGCUUAUUACAAAUUGGGAAAUUUGAAAAAAGCUUGUGCAGCAGUUGCGAGUUUUUUAUUAUUUCUACCCGCUGACGAAACAAUGCUUCACAAUAAAGAUUAUUAUAGCAGUCAGCCGAAAGUGGAGGAAGAAUACUUUACGCCAAGAGAAGAGGCGCUUUCCUAUGUGAAACGGCAAGAGUACGAAUUGAUGUUGUUGUAUUAUAUAUCGGAAGAAUUCGCGGUGAUAGAUGCUAAAUUUAAUGAGUUUAAAAAGAAGACUAACACAAAAAAGGCUGAACAAAAAGAUGAACAGAAUUUAGGAAAGUAUCCUUUCUCGAUCUUGCAUCCACCUCCGGGUCACUCACCAUCCAGGAGGACACAAUUCUUUGGUAAUCUAUCAAUAUUCCGGGAUGAGGAGAAAACGGAAAUACAAAGAAAUUAUGCCAAAGAGUGGUUAGAAGUCAGUGGCAAUGUACAAAUAAUAGCAGGAGAAAAAGAACUCGGCGGAAAAAAUCGCUACGCAGUUGACGGUUUUCUCAACUCCAUCGAAUGCGAUCUGCUUAUGCAACUAACUCAGAUCGCUAUAGAAGGUGAUGGCUAUGAAGAAAACAAGAGUCCGCAUUCACCUUACGAGCGUUUCGAAGGUGUGACUGUUGGCAGGAUGGCGUUGAUGAUGUACUUCAAUCUGACGAAGCCGGAUCUACUGGAACUGUUCCUGGAACGCACAGAAGCGGUUCGCGAUCAUGUGGAAAGGUAUUUCGACCUUGACUCACCACUGUAUUUCACCUACACCCAUUUGGUCUGCCGAACGGCUUUACCCGAUUCGCCGGUGGAUCGGACGGAUUUGAGUCAUGAAAUUCACGCUGAUAAUUGCGUGAUAAAGGACGGAGGUUUCUGUCUACGGGAGGAUCCUGCGUACACGUGGAGAGAUUACUCGGCGAUUCUGUAUCUCAAUGACGAUUUCGACGGUGGCGAGUUUUUUUUUGUUGAGGACUGGAAGAAUCGCCGCAUCCAGGGCAUUGUUCGGCCUCGGUGCGGACGUAUGGUGGCGUUCUCCGCCGGUGGUGAGAAUCUUCAUGGUGUUCGAGGUGUGCGCAACAAUAGGAGGUGCGCUGUGGCAUUGUGGUUCACCCAGGAUGAAAAAUAUCUGGAGUAUGAGAGAAUGGUGGCGAACACCAUGCUGACGAGAGUUCGCACCUUGGGUACUGUGCAACACGAGGAUAUCCGAAUACCUUUCAGAUACGAAGACGUGUUGAUCCAAUGUUUUAAAGAAGACGAAAUGUUGAGGAACAUAUUGAGAGAAGGAAGAGGCAACAAAAAAAAGCAACAUUGAUAAAAAUUUGCAAAAAAAUUUACGUAUAUACCUUCCUCCUUCUCCCUCUUUUUACACACACAUGUACACACACACAC